GUGUUGUAUCUUCACUUCACUUCUCUUGUCCAUUUUUUCCCUCUGUUUUUUAUUUCCUUGCUCUGCCUGUCUGGAACACGCUGUGCGGAAUUCACGAUACGGCUAUUUAUUGAACAAUAGCAACAUUGUUGCUCCAGAGGUGAAGACGUCUACAAAGCACAUGACCUUACACAUUGUUCCAUCACGUACCAAAAUCCACUUCACUUAUCUCACCCCUGCGUUUCUUCCCACAGAACCUUCUUGUUCUACAAGCUUUUUGUUUUCUCGAGACACAAUCACCGAGUAACUUCCACCACACACAUACACAAACAUAUCACAAUGCCUUCUUUACGGAAAACCUUUGUCGCGGCACUCGCCGCUUUUCCCAUAGUCCACUCCCACAGUUGGGGAGAGCAGCUUCGCAACAUCGACGACAAAGGCAAAUAUGUGGGUGCCUAUGGCUAUCCGCGAGGCAUGGUCGACCGGGGUCAAAAAGGCCCCGAUGGGAAGGAUACAGACAACUCCAUGACCUGGAGGAUGCCCGAGUCCAACACCGAGGGUAAGGUCUUCAUCGACGCCGACCAACUACUCUGUGCGCCAAUGCAACGAGAGCAACAACAAUCCUCGGAGAAGUUCCCGCGCCUCAAGACUGUGCCUGGCGGCUUCAUCGCCAUCCGCUACCAGGAGAACGGUCACGUCACACUUCCACAAAACAACCCCGAAAAGCCGGAAAAAGGCGGCACUGUCUACGUUUAUGGUACAAAAGAGCCAAAGACAGAUGAGAAGCUUUUCGACGUCCUUCAGUGGACCCAGGAUGGACAGGGUGGUGACAAGCGCGGAGUUUUGCUAGCCAUGAACGACUACGAUGAUGGCCGCUGCUACUUGAACAACGAGACCCCCGUCGCCAUGGAACGCAAGGUAGCCGACCCCGCCUACAUGGCCAACACACCAGAGACCGGCCCUGCCAACUCAGUCAUGUACUGUGAAACAGACGUGAAGCUCCCAGAAGACGUCGAGCUUGACAAGGCCUACACUUUGUACUGGGUGUGGCAGUGGACUUCUCUUCCUGGAAAGACACCAGGUCUCGACAAGGGCAAGGAUGAGUAUUACAGCACUUGUAUCGAUGUCGACGUUGCAUCUCCCAACGUCGCAAUGCAGGCUCUCGACUUCGCCGACAUGUCCGAAUACGCCAUGGGCCAGCAGGAUGCUGUUGGCACCGCUGUCAGCGACUGGAGUGCGCGAACUGCACUUUACAACGAGAUGCCGUUGAAGCGCGAGAUGGGCCCUGUUACCUCUCUUCUUUCAGGAGGCGGCUCUGAUGGCGGCAUUCCUUCUGCGACCGGCACCGCUCUUCCUUCUAUUCCUACUGGUGGACCGCCCUUCUCCAACAGCACCCGCUCUGCCGUUCCGACUACAUCUGCGGUUGCGAUCCCAACCUUCAGUGCCCCUCCUGGCGUCAUGCCUACCCCUUCCCAGCCUGGCAACGAGGGCGUUCUCGUCGUCACAACCACCGUCAUGGUCACUGUCACCGCACCUGCUGCCACCCAGCCUAUUCCGCCAGUAGUCACUACUCCUCCGGCGUCGAUUCGCAGCAUCUACUACAAGAACGGUGCCAAGUUCCGUGGAUUGAUUUGAGAAUGAGCCUCAUCCAUGUUUCCAACAACUCUAACUUUCCUUUUUUUUUCUCUUCAUGUCGUCUGCAUGUCUUUCCUUUGUAAAUCUCCCCAAACCCUUGUUUCCUGUGGCAGGCCACUGGUGCAAACGAGUACGAUGAUGAUGACGCACGAUCAACGAUGCACAGGCGAAUCAUGUUUCCUUUGAUUUUUUACAUAGCGUCGGUGUGUUUUUGUUUUCUUUUUUUCGGUUCUGGGAUAUGGAUACGGACGAUACCCCCUUGCAUACAUCCAAUGGCGUUUUUGAUUUUAGCAUUCCUAGAAAACAAUACCCAACAUGGCC